AUAUCUUAAAGAACGCUUCGCAGUUGAGAAUUUAUUCUUUUAUCUAGGAACAUACCUGUAUAUUUGUGUUAUAUCCGUUUGUUGGACUUUUGAGCUGUUAGGAGUCACAGUUUGCUCUAAGGACUUUUCAAUUUCGCCACCCCUGCAUUAUUCAAUCAUGCCCAAGGUUAAGCCAGGCAAAAAGUUAAGUCAGAGGAAGUCUACUCGUCGUUCGGUCCGAGAUGCCGCCAGCCAGCCUUCUCCUGUCGACCUCGAGACAGACGUCGGCCAAGUUUUUACUUCUACGCAGAGCCCAGCUGCUGGAAGUUCGGCGUCGACAACCAACGAUGGACAGGUUUCGCAGGUUAGCACCAGGCGCAGAUCUGGCUGGCAGCAAGCUUCCCGCCCAUCUUUGGAGCAGCUUCAUAUAGAGAGAGAGCAUCUGUUGUUUUCUUCGCGGGCGCCCGGCACUCAUCAUACUUAUAGGAACGCUUGGUCUGUGUUUAAGCAGUUUCGGCUGCAAUAUCAUUAUGAUAUAAGUAUACGUCCUGACGUUGAGCAGGUCGCUCAAUUUAUUGCUUAUCUCUCCUGGAAUGGGUAUGCGGGGGCAACAAUAAGUACAUAUAUAUCAGGCCUGGCUUUUACGAUGCAAACAUUGGGUUGGCCUGAUGUGACUGACGCGUUUGUAAUCCGGCGGCUGGUAGACGGGUGCAGGCGGAAAAAUGCUCGCCGUGAUACCCGGUGUCCCAUAACCCUGCCUAUUCUCAAAUCCAUCCUAAAUUCAUUGACUCACGUAUGCGUUAAUACGUAUGAUCUGGCAUUGUUUCGGGCUGCCUUUCUAAUCGCUUUCUUUGGUUUUCUUCGAGUAGGGGAGUUCACGUCUCGAUCUAGACAUGAACCCGUUCCUUUAUCAGAAAAAGAUGUUAUUAUUCAAGGGAUGGGUAAUCAAGCAAAAUUGCGCAUUGUGAUUGCGAGGUCUAAAACAGAUCAAACUGGACGUGGAUGCUCGAUUUUAAUUCCACAGAAUGUUAUUUCGUAUUUAUGCCCACUUCGCGCUGUAAAUGAUUACCUCGCUCUGCGGAGCUCGGUCGGCUCUGCCUUUUUCCGUCACUUUGACUCGUCACCCCUAACGAGGCACCAAUUUGGCCAAGUUUUAAAGCGUGCCAUUAGUUUUUGCGGGCUACCCGUUGCUCAUUUCUCUUCCCAUUCUUUCCGUAUUGGGGCGGCAACUUCUGCAGCCAUGGCAGGUGUUCCCGAUGUUUGCAUUCAAAAUAUGGGGCGCUGGGCUUCCAACACACACAGAUUGUAUAUUCGACAACCUCUCCCCCCUUAAUUUAAGCAAUUUUGCCAGUAUGUUUAUCACCCUUCUAUGUUUAAUACCAGUUUGUGCACAAUUUAAUAUCGACCUAAUGUUUAUUUGUUUUUGUUUUUUGACAACCCCUAACGAGCAGUAAAUAUUAACCUUACUCUCUCUCUCUCUCGCUUGUUGCCAUGGUGACGCAAUAGUUAUCUUACCCGUUAAUAGUUCCAUGGGCGCAGGCAGAAUUGCUCGCCCACUGUUAGUAGAUUGUGGUCUUUGCUACACUUAUCGUGUUUAUGGUAACUAUGUACCCCCCCCCCCCUUUUUAGAAUGUACAAUUGGUGCCGCUGUUUCUUUCCUUUUCUCUCUUCCAUGUGCAGUUAUUUGGAGUCUCAACGUGGGUUGUGUCAGCAUUCCACGGAAUCGUAAGAGAGGAAGGGGACAAUUCACGUUUCGCUGACGCGGGCAGUCCCGCUCUAGUUGGGGGCGGGCCCUCACUACUCGGCACGUGGCCGGGUCCUAAAACUCAAUACAUCCGCGAACAGGAGAACACUUGAUUUCUUUGUCGCGGAGCGAAAUCACUAGAGUAACAGCUGUUUUACCUCCGUCGAGGACUCGCUGGCUCGGACGUCGCGAACAGUUGGAACUUUUUUAUGAGCAGAUGUUAUGACCUGAAUACCUUAUCCAGAACUCACACGUGGUUUCAUCAGAUCUCACGUCCUUACUACAAACUUCACUAUUUACUGACUAAGCCCCGCCCCCCCCCCGCCUCUCCUUUAUCUUAGUGCACUAGACUCUUCGCAAGUGGACUGAAUGAGCAUGAAUCCUCCUAGAUGGUUUAAUUGUGCGUCCCUGUUCGUUUAAUGCACCCCCCCCCCUUUUCCCCGCUUCUUAGCGUGGACCUUGUAAAUACAGCAUGGUUUGAACUAUUGGCAUCAUAUUGUCCCACUGGGCAAUUUGUUACCGAUUACCAAUUUUACCGGUUAUUACCGGUAAUAUCACCCGGAAAUUUGAGUAACACCAAAUAUUACCGUUAUUACCAUGCUAUUACCGAAAUUAUAAUUCCUGUUGAUACCUGUUACUGUUAUCACCCUGAUGAAACCGACAUUUACCGAGUUACAACAGGGUGACGAUGGGUAAUAAGGGUAAUGUUGAAUGACUUUGAUUGGUUAUAACAUUGCAAACUUUAGUAAUAACAGUAAUCUUACAGCAAUCCCAGCGAAAUUGUCAAAGUCCAAAAAAUUACUGUUAUCACCCUGAUGAAACCAACAUUUUACCCAGUUACAAACAGGUUGAUAAGGGGUAAUGGGUAAUGUUGAAGCGCUUCCAUUCCCAGACAGCAAAGUAUCUGGAUCACAUACGGUUCUUAUCUGGGAUAUCUGGGUCCCAUAUGGGCCCACAUGGAACCCAGAUGAAAACAUAUACUUGAACCCACAUGGUGCCCAGAUAGGACUCAGAUGGAAACGAGCCCUCCAACCCAUGCGGAACCCAUUAAUAUUGGGUAAAUGGAGUAAUAUCAGAUGGUAAUAUCAGGAAAAUGCUGGGAAUAUUAGUUACUCAUGAAUAUUCAUUACUACAAUAA